AUGUUAGCUGCUGUUCCGCUCAAAUCUGACGCAAAGUCCGCCUCAUUCCACGCGAGUUCGCACGCCGGGACUCUGUUCAUCUCUGUCGUGCCACAGAAGGACACGACACAGUCGUUCGUCGAGCGCACCAGCUUCACCGCCACUGCCAUCCGCGACAAGGUGAGUGUCAGUCGAACCGUCUCCCUGGCAGAGGGCGCGCCAUUCUGA